AUGGUAAUUCCUCCACCUGUCAGACCUGAAAGAGUUAUAAAGUUUCUUAAACCGUAUGUCUUGAAGAUUCACGUUACAAACAAGUAUGUAAAUGCCCAAGUUUUCCACACACCAACAGCGACAGUGGCCUCUGCAGCAAGCACACAAGAAAAGGCCCUGAGGGUAAGCAUGGGUAAAAACUACGAGAGUACCCAUGAUGUUGGUGCUGCCUCAAAGAUAGGAAAGAUACUGGGGGAGCGCCUGCUGAUUAAUAAUAUCCCCGCUGUUUCUGUAUGCUUCAAGAGAGAACAGAGAUAUCAUGGCAAGGUGAAGGCGGUAAUUGAUUCUUUAAGGGAAGCAGGUGUCAAACUGGUUUGA